GUAUGCUCCCGGCCGAGGGGAGAAGGGAACCACCGGGCCACUCGCACCAUGACCACCGGCUUCAGCUCCGGUUCCUGCCGGUUCGCAGACUAUUUCGUGAUCUGCGGACUCGACACGGAGAGCGGACUGGAACCCGACGAGCUGUCCGCUUUAUGCCAGUAUAUAGAGGCUACUAAAUUCAGAGAUGGGGCCAGAGGAAAAUUGGCAAAUGCAGAAGAAGGUGAGAAUUUUGAGCAGAGUCCGCUGCGGAGAACCUUCAAAUCCAAAGUUCUAGCCCAUUUUCCAGAAAAUGUCGAGUGGAAUCCAUUCGACCAGGAUGCGGUUGGCAUGCUCUGCAUGCCAAAGGGUCUGGCGUUCAGGACGCAGGUCGAUUCCCGGGAGCCUCAGUUCCACUCCUUCAUCAUCACCAGAGAGGACGGCUCACGGACCUACGGCUUCGCCCUCACCUUCUUCGAGGAGGUGACCAGUAAGCAGAUCUGCAGUGCCAUGCAGACUCUUUACCACAUGCACAAUGCAGAGCAGUACGACAUCCUGCACACUCCCACCUCACCACAGGGACUGGAGGAGCAGCGGCACCAACCGACCCAACAUCAUCGUCACCUGCUCCACGCUGCACCCGCCAUCUCCCGCCUGCAGCGCUUCAACUCGUAUGACAUCAGCCGUGACACCCUGUACGUGUCAAAGUGCAUCUGCCUGAUAGCACCCAUGGCCUUCCCUCAGGCCAGCAGGAAGGUGCUGCAGCAGCUUCACCAGGCUGUGUCCUCCCCCCAGCCCCCACCCCUCCCGCUGGAGAGCUACAUCUACAACAUCCUCUACGAAGUGCCGAUGCCUCCCUCCGGGCGAUCCCUCAAGUUCUCAGGCGUCUACGGGCAUGUGGUGUGUCAGAGGCCGAGCACGUCUGAGCUGCCACUCUUUGACUUUCCCAUGUGUGAGAUGUUUACUCUGCUGGGGGUGGAGAACGUUCUUCAGCUGUUCACCUGUGCCCUGCUCGAGAUGCAGAUUCUGCUUUACUCACAGCAUUACCAGAGGCUGAUGACGGUGGCAGAGAGCAUCACAGCCUUAAUGUUCCCCUUCCAGUGGCAGCAUGUGUACGUUCCCAUUCUGCCUGCCUCCCUCCUCCACUUCCUGGACGCGCCUGUGCCGUACCUCAUGGGCCUCCACUCCAACGGGCAGGACGACCGCACCAAGCUAGAGCUGCCACAGGAGGCUAAUUUGUGUUUUGUGGACAUCGAUAAUCACUUCAUCGAACUUCCCGAGGAGUUGCCCCAGUUUCCCAACAAGCUGGAAUUCAUCCAGGAGAUCUCAGAGGUGCUCAUGUCCUUCGGCGUAUCUCCAGAGGGAAACAUUCAAUCCAGUGAUAGCCAGGUGAAAUACCUGGGCCUCAGAUCUGUUGACAUGGUCUCAGACAAGCGCAACGGCAACCUGGCCUCGCCCCUGAACUCGUACCUGCUGAGAGAGAACGAAACUAUCGCCAGACUACAGGCCCUGGUCAAGAGGACAGGUCUCAGCCUGGAGAAGCUGGAGGUGAAAGAGGACGCCAGCAGCAUCAAGGACGUGCGGGUUCAGUGUGACGAGGAGGAGCUAAAGAUGCACCAGUUCAACGUCCACGUCCGAGAGGUCUUCGCCAACCGCUUCACCCAGAUGUUCGCCGACUACGAGGUGUUUGUCAUCCAGCCCAACCAGGACAAAGAGUCUUGGUUCACCAACCGAGACCAGAUGCAAAACUUUGACAAGGCCUCCUUCCUGUCUGACCAGCCGGAGCCCUACCUGCCCUUCCUGUCACGUUUCUUGGAGACGCAGAUGUUUGCCUCCUUCAUCGACAGUAAGAUCCUCUGCCAUGAUGACGAGGACAAGGAGCACACGCUGAGGGUGUUUGACUCCCGCGUGGAUAAGGUCCGCAUGCUGAACGUCCGCACGCCCACGCUGCGCACAUCCAUGUACCAGAAAUGCACAAACAUUGAAGAGUCAGAGAAAGCCAUCGAGAUGAGAGUGACAAAGAUCGAUCACACUGCCCUCCACCCCCACCUGCUGGACAUGAAGAUCGGUCAGGGACGCUACGAGCAGGGUUUCUUCCCGCGGCUGCAGUCUGCCGUGCUCUCCACUGGGCCCGUUUGCAACAAGUGGACCAAGAGGAGUGCUCCAGCCCAGUGGAGGCGGAGGGAUCGACAGAAGCAGCACGCUGAGCACCUUUAUUUAGACAACGACCAGAGAGAGAAGUACAUCCAGGAAGCCAGAAACCUGGGCACGACCAUCCGACAGCCCAAACUGUCCAACCUGUCGCCUUCCGUCAUCGCUCAGACCAACUGGAAGUUUGUAGAAGGGUUGCUGAAGGAGUGCAGGAACAAGACCAAGCGUAUGCUGGUGGAGAAGAUGGGGCGGGAGGCCGUGGAGCUGGGUCACGGAGAGGUCAGCAUCACCGGCGUUGAGGAGAACACUCUGAUCGCAAGCCUCUGUGACCUGCUGGAGAGAAUCUGGAGCCACGGGCUGCAGGUCAAACAGGGUAAAUCAGCCCUAUGGUCCCACCUCCUGCACUACCAGGAGAGCAAAGAGAAGAACAAUCCCACUCCCGGUGGUUUGGGACCUCCAGGUUUCAUUCAUGACCAGGAGAGACGCAAAUCUGAUGGUGGUGGAUCAGCCAUGCCCCCUCUGAAAAUCUCUCUGAUCCAGGACAUGAGACACAUUCAGAAACUCAGUGAGAUCAAGACGGAUGUGGGCAAGGCCAGAGCGUGGGUUCGCCUCUCGAUGGAGAAGAAGCUGCUCUCCAGGCACCUGAAGCAGCUGCUGUCAGACCACGAACUUACAAAAAAACUGUACAAGCGCUACGCCUUCCUCCGCUGUGAUGAUGAGAAGGAGCAGUUUCUUUACCACCUGCUGUCCUUUAAUGCCGUGGACUACUUCUGUUUCACCAACGUCUUCACAACCAUCAUGAUCCCAUACCAUGUGGUGGUGGUUCCCAGUAAGAAGCUGAGCGGCUCUAUGUUCACCGCCAACCCCUGGGUGUGCGUCUCCGGUGAGCUGGCAGAGACCGGAGUCCUGCAGGUCCCCAGAAAUACUCAGGAGAUUACUUUUGAGUGCCAAAACCUGGGCAAGCUCACCACAGUCCAGAUGGGCCACGAUAACUCGGGACUCUACGCAAAGUGGCUCGUGGAAUACGUCGUUAUCCGCAAUGAAAUCACAGGGCACACCUACAAGUUCCCGUGUGGCCGCUGGUUGGGGAAAGGCGUGGAUGACGGCAGUCUGGAGAGGAUCCUGGUGGGAGAGCUGAUGACCCCCAGCUCAGAGAACGAUGAGAGGAUGUGCCGCACACCCCCAAUGCAGCAGUCCCCGGGGAUGAUGAGGAGGUUUGUGACCAUCUCACCGAACAGCAAACCAAAGUUAAACACAGGUCAGAUCCAGGAGGGAGUGGGAGAGGCCAUCAAUGGGAUCGUGAAGCACUUCCACAAGCCGGAGAAGGAGAGAGGCAGUCUGACCCUCCUGCUCUGUGGGGAGUACGGCCUCGUCUGGGCUCUGGAGCAGGUUUUCCAACACGGUUUCAAAUCACCCCGACUCUUUAAGAAUGUCUUCAUCUGGGACUUCUUGGAAAAGGCACAAGUGUACUUUGAAGGUGCGGAGCAGCGCGAGGUGACUCCGGACGAAAACUGGCAAACCAGAGUUCGCCACUUCUGCCGCUUCAUGCGCGCCAUCAGCAACACAUCCAGAAACAUUGGCAAGGACGGGAAGUUCCAGAUGCUUGUGUGUCUGGGUGCAAGGGACCAUCUGCUGCAUCACUGGAUCGCUCUGCUCGCAGACUGUCCCAUCACUGUUCAGAUGUACGAGGAAAUGGCACUGAUUAAGGAUCGCUCGUUGGUGAACUCUCUGAUCCGAGUCCUGCAGACGCUGCAGGAGUUCAACAUCACUCUGGAGGCUUCGCUCGUCAAAGGCGUUGGUAUCUAAACCCAACCAACCAUCCCACCAGAUGCACCGGAGGAGGAAAAUCACUGGGGACCACUGAAAAAGAAUAACAGAACCUUUUAUAUGCAGAACCUGACUUGAACAAAGGACGUUUUCUGGCUUAUAUUAAAGCUACUGUUACAUUUGCCAUAUAUCAAGUGCAAUGAGCCUUUCAAGAUACCUUGUUAUUUUUAUCCUCGACGAUGUUGCCAUUAGAUGUUAAAAUUAUGUUUUCUAUUAUGAUUCAUGAUUUUCACAUUAUCGACGAUGACCUACUUGUGCUAUAACGUUUCAUUGAAAGCUAAAUAUUUUCAUUGUUAUCGUGAACUGCUGACAAUGGCUAUAUUUAAGGGAAAGCGAGGAUCAAAACUGUUAAUAUAUUUUCAGAGAAAAACAGUAUUAUUUUGUUAAACCAGUCAAGUUGCUUGCUCUGUCGUCAACUCAGAUUCCAAUGUCAUAAUGCAGAGCUUAAAGCAAAUGAUGUAGAAGUAUGCUUUAUAAGUAUGCGUGAGAGGGAGGUUUGUAGAGUGGACGAGGAUUCACCUACAUAAGAAAAACAAGCCCAUUACAUUUGAGCCUUUCCCUGAGAAAUGUACGAGUAUGCAAAUCUUUUACAUGAAUUACCUUCAGAGAAAAUGUUCCUUCUUGCAUGUGGAGACUUUGUGAUUUAAGCUUGUUUCCAGUGAUGGACAUUGAUAUUCAGUUGGAUAAAGGAAAAUAGCCCAAGUCUUUGGUUUGUGUUCCAGACACACAUCCCCCAAGUGAUGCUUUGCCCAGCUUUCUGUGCAAAGUUGAUCACAGUCACAGCCUCUGUAUAAGUACCUCCAGCCAGGCCCCCCCCCAGCCCUUACACUACACCUGCCCUCUUCCCUGCACACAGCGUGAUGGCCUCUGCCGGCUAAUCUCCUGCUUCCCUUCAGAUUUUGUUAUAUCAUGGUUUCUUGCUAUGCAAUAUCCAGAAGAGAAAAGUCAACCCCCUCAAACUCCAUGUUCUGGUGUGUUGAGGUAGAACCGGGCCCGCCUCCGUUACAUCCAUCGAACUUUACUGUGCAGAAAAAGAGAUUUGAUAUGUGAAGGACUUCUUUUCUGUGCCAACAAUGUCUGGAAUGACUGUGUUGUACUCGUCUGUGUACAACCCACACAUGAGCAUCUUGGGAGAUAUAUAUUUUUGUUUUUCCAAUACGGUUGUACAUUUAUUGACAUAGCUGUGUAAUGUAGUGUUUACUAAGUGAGCAACAGUGUACAGUGUAAAAAUAUAUUAAGA